AUGUCAAAGUCGGUUCUUCUGAAUCUUCCUGCUGAACUACUCUAUCAGAUUUUCGAUCAUCUCGAAGCACGUUUUAUUAUUUGUUCAGUUCGUCGUGUUUGCUCGCAAUUUUAUGUACUUGCCAGUGCCUAUAAUCGUUUUGAAUUAGAAUGCGGUUCAAUGAGCGAAUCGGACCUGAAACUUGUUUCUCGAUUCGUUCAACCUGAAAACGUAGUUUCCCUAAAGUUAUCGACAGCAGACAAUAGAGAUCAAUACAUUCAAUUAUUUCUUUCGUAUUUCAACAUUUGUCGAUUCACUAGGCUUCAUUCAAUAACUUUUUGCAAUGUCCGUCGUGCAGCUGAAAUAAAUCGAUUUUUGGAGCACGUUACUUCCAUUACCUCAUUUUCACUUACAAUUGUUGGAUAUGAAGGGGAAAGAGAUCGGAUAUUGGAAAGUAUAUUUCCUCUCGUUAUUAAUUCAAAGCUCCGUAAACUCUCUUUGCAUAAUUUGAAUUAUACAAAUUCAACAUUACCGUGGCCAAUUCAAUCAACAUUAGAACAACUGACAAUCCAAGAUUGUACAUAUGAUCAAUAUUGUGUUAUACUUUCCAAUUCUUUCCAGUUAAAAAGUUUUACCAUGAGAAACUGUAUCAUGAAUACCAUUCAUAAAACGGGUUCGUCGUCUUUGACUACGGCAUCUCAUUUGGCGAAAAGACAACGCACAUCUCCCACUACUGCAGGGUAUCAUCAACUAAUAUCAUUGGCUAUUGGCAAUUGUGAACUACCCAUUAAAGACUUGGAACUUCUCCUUUCAAUGACACCAUCGCUUGUCUACCUCAAGUUAGUAUCACCUAGGGAAGUAUUCGAUUCGAUCUUCAAUGGCUCUUAUUGGAAGCAAUACAUUCAGAAUACAUUACCGUUACUGAAUAAAUUUGAGUUUCUCUUGACUUUUGAUAUUAUGAAGUAUGAUGGUCAUAUGGAUAUUGAAUCGCUUAUUUUGCCAUUUCAUGAUUCUUUCUGGCUCAGUGAAAAGCGAUGGUUUGUUGCAUGCGAUUAUAUUAUUAACAGACCCAGAAUAAAUCUGUAUACAACACCAGUAUGUGUGCGCUCUGAAGAAAACAAACAUGCUACGUUACAAAUAUCAUCCACAGAUGGAAUCGUCCAUGCCAUUUUUUAUCCUAUAACAAUCACUGAGUUAAACCUUUCAAAUAACGAAAUCGGAGAUAUUGGUGCGCAGUACUUAGCUCAUGCAUUGCGAGACAAUAAAACAUUGACUUUGCUAGACCUUUCGGGAAAUGAAAUUGGAAAUACGGGGGCACAACAUUUUGCUACAGCCUUACAGAAAAACCAAACACUAACCAUAUUAAAUCUUGAAUCAAAUCGGGUACAAGAUGAUGGUAUGAAAUAUCUUGCUAAGGUCCUGGAAAAUAAUAAAACACUUAAGAGAUUGGACUUAGAAAAAAAUCCUAGUGACUCCUAUGCAUUUGUUAGUGCAGCAUUCCAAAUACAAAAUGACCCAAUACAUUCCACUAUUUAUUUGCAAUCAAAAAAAAUCGGUGACGAUGAAGUUAGAUUUCUAGCUGAUGCAUUAGGUGGCACCGAAACGAAAUUCAUCGCAUUAUAUCUCUCAAAUAAUGAAAUUGGAGAUGUUGGAGCUGAAUUUUUAGCUCGAGUUUUGCAAAAUAACAAAACAUUGGAGAAACUCUUUCUUUUACAUAAUCGAAUAGGACUCAUUGGAUUACAAUGUUUACUUGAUGCAUUUGGAACCAAUCAAGUUACAUAUUUUACUAAAUAG